AAAUUUCCAAACUCAAGCUCGGAUGCGAGUGAGAAUGUCGGGUAUUAAUGGGGUCUGUAUGAGCAAAUAACGUCUUUUACCUGGCAUCUUUGCAUUAACCAUUUAAUUGAGUUGUAAUGUCUCUUCCAUUCGAAAAGAAAACAGAAAACCGAGAUGCGUUACAAAAGAGAAUCGCCGUACAAAUUUACAGAAUACAUUUUCUUGACGCCUGUUCCAGAAUAUCUAAAUGACAUUGUUGGACCGAUUAUUUCCUACACAGCUAUCUUAUUUAACAUUGUGGUCAUUAUCAUUCUUUUUCAUAAAACUUUGAGAACACCGUCUUCAGUUUUGAUGCAGGGACUUGCGUUGUCAGAUGCUCUUACAGCACUAUUUUCUUAUGGAUUAGAACCAUUUUUGUUAAGUAGCUACAUUAGAGAUGGAUAUUCUGGACAAAUGGGAACAACAGCUAUUUAUUUUCUAAUCUGCAAGUUACAUCAUUACAAACUAAUGAUGGUCGAUCUAUUUCAUUUAUCAUCCGUUUUGUUGACAACAGCUUUAGGAAUUCAAAAGUUCGUAGCAAUAAAAUGGCCAAUUUGGAGCUACAUCAAAGUAAAAAGGAGGGAAAUGUUAGCAGUAGUUGUUGUGAUAUUUGCUAUUUCUGUCGGAUUGCAUAUUCCUAAAUUUCUUGUAGCAGAUUUUAGACGAGGAGAGUUCGAGGCGAACGAAUGUACAAUAGCAACUACAUCAGAAUCACUUUUGAAUUACAGUUUUAUAUAUUACUCUUCCAUGACCGCAAUAGUUUUACUUUUAUCAUCGGUAAUUAUGCUUUUCACGUCUAUAUUUAUUAUAUGGUCUCUUAUACGUGAAAGGAAUAUUCAAAGCACUAGUAGUGUAAAUUUACAGAACAUUAGAAGGAGAUCAUCUAGGUUAAUUGCUGUUGUAACAGUGACGUUUCUCGUUAUUGAGUUUCCUAGAAUUUGCAUGUUUGGUAUAAUGCAGCUGUUUUCGGAGAAGGAUUCUCAUAGCAGUCAACUCAUUGUUGAUCCAAGCACACAAUUGAUGGUUUCAGCCUAUGUAGUUUUUAAAUUCGAGGAUAAUGAUAUAGACGUAUUGUUAAAGCUGAAGCUGGUUAUUGAAAUAACAAGACUGUUGGUAGUAAUUGCUUGCUUAUCAAACUUUAUAAUAUAUGUUAUAAUGAGUAAACAAAUACGUGGUGUUCUCAAAAGCAAGCUUGGACUCUGUAAAAAUAGACACACCGUCUCUGAGCCAGCAGUUUCUUCGUGCUUUUCGGUAAAUAGUACGUAA